UGUAGAAAAUGAAUAAUAAUAAACAAUUCAAUCCGUAUGUCAGCGUUGAUGCUCAGGAAGAAAUAGUUAUCUCUGGUAUCGCUGGACAAUUUCCUAAUUCUGAUAAUAUGAAAGAAUUUGAGGACAAUCUUUUCAAUAAAAUGGAUCUUGGUUCACAGGAUCAUCAACGCUGGACCAAUUAUAUCUAUGAAAUACCUCCUCGAAUAGGAAAAAUGAACAAUAUAGAAAAAUUUGAUGCAGAAUUUUUUAAUAUAUCGGCCGUAGAAGCUCAUGUGCUUGAUCCUGGAGCUAGAAUGUUGCUCGAAAACACUUAUGCAGCAAUUAUUGACGCAAGUAUCAAUCCCGCAGAACUGCAAGGAACAAGGACGGCAGUUAUCACAGCAAUGACAAUUUCUGAUUCAUUUCUCGAUAUAAUAUAUGAAAAGACUCAUGUUGCUGGAUUACCUAUACUUGGUUGUAGUAAAAAUAUGUUGGCAAAUAGAAUUUCUUACUGGCUCAAUAUUACUGGACCAUCGUAUAACAUCGAUACUGCAUGUAGCUCGAGCCAUUUCGCUAUGGUGGAAGCUUACAAUUUGAUUCGAUCUGGAAUUUGCGACGCGGCUAUUGUUGCUAGUGUCAAUUUGUGUCUUAAUCCUUCUGUAACUUAUCUAUCUUAUUGUCUAGGAGUUUUAUCUGGCGAUGGCUACUGUAAACCUUACGAUGAAGAAGGUGCUGGUUACAUGCGUAGUGAUGCGGCUAUAGUAGUAUAUCUGCAAAAAGCAAAGGAUGCAAGAAGAAUUUAUGCGACUUUUGUUUAUGGUAAAACCAACUGCGAUGGUUUUAAAGAAGAAGGAAUUACCUUUCCAUCAUUAGAUAAACAAAAAAUAUUAUUGGAAGAAUUUUAUAAAGAAUGUAACGUUUCGCCUCUUGAGCUAUCUUACCUAGAAGCUCAUGCAACUGGCACCAUAGCCGGCGAUUCCAUGGAGCUUCAAGCAAUCGACAAAGCUUUAUGUAUCAAAAGAGAUUUUCCUCUAUUGAUAGGUACAGUAAAAUCGAAUAUUGGACAUUCUGAAGCCGCUAGUGGUCAUUGUCAAAUUGCAAAGGUUUUAAUAGCAAUGGAAACUAGUAUAAUCCCUCCUACUAUACAUUUUAAACAUCCACGAAAGGAUAUGACUGCUAUCAUUGAAGGAAGAGUAAAAAUAGUCACUGAACCAACAGAAUGGAAGGGUGGCUACGUCGGUAUUAAUUCCUUCGGAUUUGGUGGUGCUAAUUGCCAUUUAUUACUGAAGUCAAAUCCGAAAACAAAAGUUAAUGAAACAAAUAAUAAUUUACCUAAGCUUGUAGUUAUAUCUGGACGUACCGAAGAAGCAAUUAAAAUCAUGUUAGAUGACAUACAAAGUCGAUCAAUAGAUGUAGAAUAUAUAUCUGUCCUGCAUCGUAUUUAUAGUAGCAAUAUAGAAAAUCAUCCCUACAGAGGAUACAUAAUUGCUGGAUCUAAAGCAACUAAUAAUGCAAUAAAGAGAUGUAACUUAUAUAAGAAAAGACCGAUUUGCUUCAUAUUUUCUGGAAUUGGAUCUCAGUGUUUUAACAUGGGUCGAGCUUUAAUGGAAUUUCCAGUAUUCGCUACAGCAAUCCAGAAAUGCAAUACUGUUUUGAAACCUUAUGGUAUAUUUGUCACAGAUAUUCUAAUAAAUAAUGAUAAACAUAUUCUUGAUAACGUAGUCAACUUAUUUGUAGGUCUUAUUGGAUUACAGAUCGGAAUAGUUGAUCUUUUAAUAAGCAUUGGUAUCACUCCUGAUAUUAUAAUGGGUCAUUCCAUUGGGGAAUUGGUUUGUGGAUAUGCCGAUGGAUGUUUGAUGGCCGAAGAAACCAUUAUGUUGGCUUAUUAUGUCGGUUUAGCAUUUUCUGAAUCAAAAAUAAUAGGUGGCUUGAUGGCUGAAAUUAAUUUAGAUUUUAAAACUAUGAAGAAUCUGUGUCCAUCGGAUAUCGAUGUAGCUUGUUAUAAUAGUUCCCAUAAUUAUAUUGUAAGUGGACCAACAAGCUCUGUGAAAGCAUUCCUCACUAAGCUACAGACUGACAACAUUUCUGUAAAAGAAAUUUUCUGUGGACAUGUACCUUUUCAUAGUCGUUACGUCGAGCCUGUGAGAGUUAAACUUUUGGAAUACUUGAAUCAGAUAUUGCCACAGAUAGCCUCUCCGAGCUCAAAGUGGUUGAACGUGUUGAAUGAAUCUUGUGAAUGGUUCAACACAUUUCCAAAUAUCUCAUAUCUAGCAAAAUAUUAUACAAAUAAUCUGUUAACCCCGGUAGUAUUUUCAGAAGCCAUGCAUUUUAUUCCAAACGAUGCUGUGACGAUUGAGAUAGCGCCGCACGACAUUCUACAAUAUAUUCUUAACGAUUCGUUAAAGGCAACUGUGACAAAUGUCGCGUUAUACAAAUUCUCUCACAAACCAAACGUUGAAAUAUUCUUACACGGAAUUGGAAAACUUUAUAAUGCAGGAUUACAGCUGCAAAUCGCAAAUUUAUAUCCGGAAAUUAAGUUUUCUGUGAGUCGUAAUACACCGAUGAUUUCUCAUCUAGCAAGAUGGGAUCAUUCCAAAGAUUGGUAUGUAUACCAUUAUUUUGGACAAAGAAAACUUGACAUUGGAGAAACAAUUGUUACUAUUAAUUUAUUAGAGGAAGAAUUUAUGUAUAUGACCGGGCAUGUCAUUAACGGAAGAAAUUUAUUACCGGCUACAGGAUAUCUUUUCCUGAUAUGGCAAAUGAUCGGCUGGUUAAAAAAGCAAAAUCAUCUCGAUAUACCAAUUGUAUUUGAAGAUGUCAAUUUCCUACGUUCUACAGUUCUGUCAAAGCAAAAUCCAGUCGAUUUAACCCUUAUGAUCCAAAAAGGUAGUUGCAAAUUCGAAAUAAUCGAAGGAGACAGUGCUGUCGUCACUGGAACAGUACGAACUCCACUUAAUAUUGAAGACGAGAAAAUAUGUAGCGCAUUUAUUGAUCGAAAUGACAAUGACAAAGAGGAAAUGAAUAUAAAAGAUAUUUACAAAGAAUUAAAACUUCGUGGUUAUCAAUAUACAGGCGAAUUUCGUGGAUUAAGAAGCGCGUCAAUCAUAGGAAAGAAUGGUCAUAUUGCCUGGACUGAUAAUUGGGUAACAUUUAUAGACAAUAUGUUACAGAUGAUGAUUUUAGGGCAGAAUUCGAGAAGCCUUUUUGUACCAACAAGAAUUCUUAAAGUAAUAAUUGAUCCAAAAUCUCACAUAAAACAUAUUGAAAAACUUUCAAAUGGAAAAAAACAAGUCCUUGUACAAAAUUAUAAGCACUUAGAUGUUUUGAUAUCUGGAGGAAUAGAAAUACACGGCGUGAUAGCUACAGUUAUAUCUCGUCGACAAAAUGUAGCCAAUCCCGUUUUUGAAGAAUACAAGUUUGUUGCUCAUCGAGAUCUAAAUGUGAUAUCUUUGCAAGAUGCAAUAAGAAUGUCGGUACACAUUGCACUUGAAUGUCACAAUAUGAUAAAUGUAAAAAUCAUCGAAUUUAUCGAAAAAAGCGAUCAAGUGAUGCCAGAGAAUUUAAGUUCUUUAUAUGUUUAUAAAAUUUUAGACGACUUACCGCAAAUUUGUUACAAUAUCAAAGUAGCGAUCAAUGAACGAUUCAAAGAUAUUCCUUUGCCUGACAAUAUUUCUACGAUAGAAUUUGAUAAUCUGAAAAAUGAAAAUUGUUUGAUGAUCAUGGGUUUCGGAAUUUUAACAAAAAAUAGAAACGAUUUAUACGAACAAUUGUUAUCUGGCAUUAUGUCAAAAGGAUUUCUUCUGACAUUGGAAGAGUUAAAUGCUAUCUACGAUUAUUCAUGUUUGGACAAAUAUGGAUUAAAAGUAAUUUUGGAAAAACGCACCAACGAUAAGACAAUUAUAUUAUUAAGAAAAAUACAAGAUUUUAAGAUAAAUCAGCAGAUUGUGCAUUCGUCGCAGAAGGAGACUUCGAAUGCGGUUUACUCGGCCUUGUUAAUUGUUUAA